AUGAGUUCUUCAAGUACAGAGUCCUUUGAAGUUGACACCUCAACCUUAUAUGACUAUUACGAUAAUUAUAAUGAUGCCCCAAAACCAUGCAGUAAGGAAACUGUCAAGAGGUUUGCAGCCUCCUUCCUACCUGUUCUAUAUACCCUAGUAUUCCUGGUUGGGCUAAUGGGAAACAUUCUGGUCAUAGUGGUCCUCUUCAAAUACAAGAGACUGAAGAGCAUGACUGAUGUGUACCUGCUAAAUCUCGCCGUCUCAGAUUUGCUCUUUGUUUUUUCCCUGCCGUUCUGGUCUUAUUUUGCGAUAGACCAAUGGGUUUUUGGAACUCCCUGGUGUAAAAUCAUUUCAUGGAUCUAUCUGGUUGGGUUUUACAGUGGGAUAUUUUUUAUUAUGCUUAUGAGCAUAGACAGAUACCUGGCAAUUGUUCGUGCAGUGUUUUCCAUGAAAGCAAGAACUACUUUCCAUGGCCUGAUUACCAGUGUUAUUGUAUGGCUGGUGGCUCUUUCAGCCUCAGUUCCAGAACUUGUAUUUAGAGAAUCUUUCCAUGAGCAAAAUUAUACUACCUGCAAGCACAGAUAUCCAGGAAAUUUUACGACAUGGAAACUCUUUUCCACUUUGGAAAUCAAUGUUUUAGGGCUUCUAAUCCCUUUUAUAGUUAUGGCAUUUUGCUACUCCAUGAUCAUCAAAACAUUAGUCCACUGUAGAAAUGAGAAAAAGAAUAAGGCUGUGAGGAUGAUCUUUGCUGUCAUGAUCGUAUUUUUCUUCUUCUGGACUCCUUACAAUAUCGUAAUUUUCUUACAAUUGCUGGAACUUAUUGGAGUCAUUAGAGACUGUCAAGCAAGCAGGAAUCUAGACUAUGCAUUCCAGAUAACGGAAAUCUUCGGCCUUUUUCACUGUUGCCUCAACCCAGUCAUCUAUUUCCUCAUGGGGGAAAAAUUUAAGAAGUACCUGAAGAUGCUCUUUAAGAACUGGUGGUUGCCUGGAGAUAUUUGCAAGUGGUGUGGACUUCACAUUAGUUACCACACCGAGUCUACCAGUUCAUUCCACACACAAUCUACUGGGGAUCAAGACGCGCUGUAA